UCGAACAAAAGAACCAAACGGCCGCCAGAAGUAGAAAGUAACCCCAACCGUUGUGAAAAGCCUUUCGGAUUGCCCCAGAACGAAAAAGCGCAGCAGAGUGUAUUCUGAGUAGUCGAUGAGCGAAAGUGUAGUGAAAGUUUUUUUUUUCUUCCUAUGUGGGAAAUUCCGAAGAACCCCUAUUAAAAGUGGUUUCCGAUUACUAUCACUGAAAAGAGUGAGUGUUGAAACGUAAUUCAAAUCACUGUUCGGAACGCGUGUUUCAGGAAGGUGUUUUAUUUUAAAGGAAGUGCAUUGUCGUUUUUGUAUCGGAUUUCACACCCGAAAUAGUUCGUCGUAGACGCCUGGACUGGUGAAUUCCAAUAGGAAUCGGCGCUUUUAUCAGGGUGGUACGGUACGGCGGCGAUCGUAGAUGUUCGGAUUUAUGAAUGAAAACAUACUCAUACAGGUAGAUGCCUUCAGUCAUUAAACCCACAGGACGACGUCGUGCGGCAUGGCAGUAGAUUCUCUUGCCAGUUGUUAGCAGACCACGAGGAGUUCAUCUUUCAAUUUGACUGGUUUUUAAAUUGAAUAGAAUUGGCCAAGUCUCUCUCGAGUGGCACCGUGUUUCAGUCUUUUGUGUGUCUGACGGCUUUCCCGACUACGUCGAGCGUAAAUCCCAUUUGUAAUGUGACUAAUUGUGCCUCCGUGUGUCCGCGUUUCCGUCCCGGUGGAAAAUCAUAAAAACGUUAGAAACGGAAGAAAAUUAUUCUGCCGACCGACGAUUACGACGACGGCGGUGUGUAAGAGCGCGCGAGUUUGUGUGGUUAGUGUCGGAAAGUAAUCAGUUAUCUCUCGGUUGAAAAAGAGAAGUGCGAAUAAAAACUCUGCUAGCAAUCCUCGAAAAAUAGCAAGCAUCCCAUGAAUCCGGAGCUGCCAUCACAGUCAUCGCCGGAGGGGUCGGCCAGACAAAGGAUACCGAACUGCAACAGCAACAGCAGCAUCCCGGUGUCGUCAUCGAGUUCAUGGCGGGGCUGCAAUGCUGUGUCAUUCCCAGGACCCGCCAGGACGACGAUGGGGAGAUGCCUGUGGAUGAUGCUGAUCCCAACUCUACUGCUGAGCACGUCGUUCGCCGUGACUCAGUGCAAUGCCUUGGAUGCCUAUUACUCCAUCGGGAGGCUACACCUCAGUGUUCCCAUUUCCCGGGAAGCCUACAUCAUCCUGCGCGAUCAUCCCCUCCUGAGCGUUCCGCUGCUGGACAGGAGGUCAAAUUCCACCGAUGACCGACAGUACCAUUACAGUAUCGAGGAUCCCGCUGAGCAGUACCUGAAAGUUAAUGCCACCUCUGGCGACAUUUGGAUAGCGUCUCAUUUUCUCGACAUGCGGACCCCGACGGAAUUUAUCAUUGCGGCAUCCAACAACCAAUUGGACACGCUACGACUCAGUCUGACAAUCACUCCUAUCCCGCUGGGUGAAAUCUAUCUUUCACGCUUCUGCGAGCAAAACGUUGAUAAGAUUUGCUUCUGGGAUAUGGUUACUUACAAAGUUCAGGAAAAUGAAUCACCCGGUUUUGCUAUUGGGACGCUCGGUACUGACCUGUAUAGAAAACUCUGUCGAACGCAGUCCGUCAGCUACGGUCUCAACAAUGCAACGGAUUAUCUGUACGAACGCAAUGGUUCCAUCUACAGCAACACUUUGCUGGACCACGAUUCACCCCGGCCAGGUCCUCUCCUGAAAACGAGUGUUCACUGUGCCGUUCAACUGAGUGGAAACGAUGUUCCCAUGGAGCUGAACAAAACCAUCGACAUUACCGUGCUGGAUCGGAAUGACAAUCGACCUCGCUUGGAGCACGCUAAUGACACACAUAUCGCGCUGGCCCUGGAUGAUCCGCAUAUUAUACAGGGUGAGCCUCUCAAGCACUUGAAAGUCCUCUUCGUAGACAACGACACAAUUGCCAUGAACAGUCACGUGCACUAUCAACUCCUAAACGAUUCCCACCAGCUGUUCGAACCGAAGUGCAUCACCUACGAAAUCGAACGGGACGACGGAAGGCAAACCGUGUUCGGCUGUUCAUUGAUUGCUCGCAAAAGUGGCAUUAUACUGAAGGGACGCUACUGUGUCGUGCUUCAAGCGGUCGACGAAACGCUUGCGGAUAUGGACCCCAAUCCGUUGAGCAGUUCUACUAUUUGUAUCGAUCCCAACUACGAGCAGAUCCUGUUGCCACGUCCUGAACCGCUCAUCGGCGUCGAUCCUCCAGCUCCAGUCGAUAGUAAACCAGCUCGUGCGGGUGGCAAGAAACGUUCCAAUAACAAGAUAGCAGCCACCCUCGCGAACUUCACCUACCCAGAGAGGGUGGAACUGUAUACCAGCGCUACCCAAUUUGCUCGCAUAGCUCAAACGAGCAACAUGUAUGAGCAGAUUAAAGAACCUAAAACGGAUUUGAAUUAUCGUAUACUCACUAAUCCACUGGAUGCUUUCGCUAUCACGUCAACUGCGGGAAUCAUCUACCUCAACAAUGCCACCACAAUCCAGCAGCAACCAUCAAGCGUAUCGUUGAACCUGGUAGUGGCUUGGCUGAACCAUACUGCAACGAUCCGUAUUUCUAUCAAAUCGCUCCCGGGAAUCUCAUGCAACGUUUCCACCGAACAUUUUUGUUCGAACCAUGCGAAUCAGACGAGUUGUAUCGCUAGCUGUGGCGUAGGUAGCAGGGAAGGCAAUUGCAAGUUUAGAAUUCCCAACGAUCCCUUCGGAAUGCACUCCAGCAAAGAUGAAUCUCCAUUCGAAGAGAAUUACCCAACCUGCACACCGGAUCUCAACUAUUGUCCGGACAAUGUGUGCGACCCCCUUGAAGAUAUGGGCCACAGGAAGAAGAUCCAAAUUUGUCCCCAGGAUUGUGUGUACCCAGGUGAAAUCAUCGGUAUCCAUCAGAGCGAUCACCCUGCCGCCAGAGGGCUCCAUAUGUCUGGUGCGGGCACUUGCACUUGUCGUCCGACUGGACAGUGCGAUUGCACCAGCAAACUCGGAAUCAAAGUCGAGCAUCGUAAGAACAAGACUAGAACAAAGACCAAAACCAGUACCACGACGGAACCGGUUGUGCUCUUUAACGGCACGGACGGGGCAUCUUCGCCGGCUGCUGUGAGAGAUGGUAGCAGUUACUAUCAAACCGGGUUGAUCAAUGGGCCGAAUGCACCGAUGUACCUGUUAGCGAUUGUCGUCAUUCCGAUGAUUGUGGCCGUGCUGUUGGUGUCCUAUUGCUUCUCGCGAAAGACAAUCAUGAAGAAGAAGCUGACCGAUGGGAACAACAUUCCGAUGCACAUGGUCAGCAACGAGACCGAGGUGUUCAAUGUGGACUUGCCGCUCCAUUCCAGGAUAAACGAUAUCAACUUCAAGAUUGAUUUCGACUCCAAGUGGGAAUUCCCGCGCUCCAAUCUCAUCCUGGACAUAACGCUCGGCGAGGGUGAGUUUGGGAAAGUGUUGAAGGCCUACGCCACCGAUCUGCCGGACAAACCGGGAAUUACCACCGUGGCCGUGAAGAUGCUGAAAACCGGCGCCAAUUCAGUAGAGCUGCUGGCUCUGCUCUCCGAAUACCAACUGCUGCAGGAAGUAACCCAUCCCAACGUUAUCCGGUUGCUUGGAGCCUGCACCAAGGGAGACUCACCCAUGUUGAUCAUCGAAUACUGCCAGUAUGGAUCGCUAAAAAACUACCUCCGCUUGAGUCGCAAGCUGGAAGUGAUGAAUGCAACCGAUUACGAAAACGCCAUCGAACCCAUCGCGGUCAAAGAUAUCCUGUCGUUUGCUUGGCAAAUUAGCAAAGGAAUGGCCUACCUCACCGAGAUCAAACUGGUCCACCGGGAUCUGGCUGCCCGGAAUGUGCUGCUGGCCGAGGGAAAAGUGUGCAAAAUAUCCGACUUUGGGCUGACGCGAGAUGUGUACGAGGACGAUGCCUAUCUGAAGAAGAGCAAGGACCGAGUGCCGGUCAAGUGGAUGGCACCGGAAUCGCUGGCGGAUCAUAUCUACACAACCAAGAGCGACGUGUGGGCUUUCGGUGUCGUGUGUUGGGAAUUGAUCACCCUGGGCGCCUCUCCGUACCCUGGCAUCCCACCGCAAAAUUUGUACACCCUUCUGAAGCAGGGUUACCGGAUGGAGUGUCCGAAAAAUUGCUCCGAGGAAAUAUACAGCAUAGUUCGCUCCUGUUGGGCGGAUGAUCCGAAGCUACGUCCCUCGUUCAAACACUUGGCUGGCCAAUUUGAACGACUGUUGGGUCGCACCGCCAAGUACGUUGAUAUGGAGCAGAAUUCAAUUUCCAAUCCGGUUUACUGUGAAAAUAAUGACGAAACCGACUGUGCCAAGGUAUCGUUCGUCCAGGAAGAAUUGGCCCGACUCGAAAGCCUCUGGACAACGCCGCAGUACGAACCGGCCACCGACAGCAGUACCCUCGAGAGCAUCCGCUACCUGUCGCCGAUCACGGACAAAAAGUCCCUCAUACUGCAAACCUACGACACACCCCGUCCUCUUAUCGAGACGGCAACUAUCGAGCAGAAGCUGCGCUACGAAAACGACGUUCGAUUGCGACCGAAGAAAAUCCACAACGGCAUCUACCCACCGUCCUCGACUCCGACGAUCUACAUAAACGCAUCCAGCCAUCCGAAUCUGUUUUCCAAAUUCAUGGACGAAACAUCCUUCAGCACCCUCCCGGACGGAGGAGAGUAUGAUUCCCCCAGCAAACAGCCCCGACCCGUUUCCUACUUGGACAUGAACAAGAACAGCGUUAACCUAAAUUUGGAAAUCAACAACAUCGUCGACAAGAAGCAAUCGAAAGAUAUCGCUUUUCGGUUUUCGAGUGUGGAUAACGACCUGCAAAUUAUGGGCGGCACAUUGCCAAGGACGCCCACGCAAGCAACCGUCAUUCCGAUCGCACGGGUGCAAAGCGAUUCGAAAGUGGACAACGCUGGCAGGGAUGAGGUAGAUUACCCCAUCAAGAAGCUGAGCGAUCAAGAUAUUCUAGCAGUAACCGUAACCUCGACUGUUUAGGUUAAGCAAAACAUCAUUUAUAGAAAAUGUUUUGAGUUUGUUAGAAUUGUUUCAACAAUUUUGUCUUUGUUUAGCUAAUCCUAAGAGCAAAACAAAUAACCUAAAAACAGCAAAUUCCAUAAGCUAAACAGUGGUCUUAUGUGCAGUGGAACCAAAGUAGUACCAAAACAAAAUAGAACAAAUCAAAUAUUUGAUAUCAAUAUUGAACCGUAGAUAGGUGGUUAAGACAAAUGUAGAAGCGGAGCUUACAGAGAAAGUGUUUUUUGAAGAAUUCGUUGACCUGAUUUUAUGUAUUUAUUUAUAUAACAUAAAUAACUUUUUGUUUGCUGAAAAACGCAAUGAUCUCAUUUAAGUAAUCGAAUACCAAAUUUGUCGUUCCAAACAUCAGAUCCAGCUGAUACAUUUAUGUUUCUUAAGUUAUUUAUUUUUGUAUGUUUUAGAGACAAGAACAAAUGUGCCAUAAAUUGUUAAUCUAUUGAUACCAGAGAAGAAGCCUAGUUGUAAGUUGUUUACUUUGAUAUUUAUUCAUUGAAUCAUUCCUCGACCUACGGCUGGAACUGUGGCAACAAUCCGGGUCUACAUGUUAUAGCGUUCUACUAUUCAUCGUAACUGUGAGAACAAUUUUCAGCAGCCAACAACCAUACAAAACCCACAUGGCUCUUAAAGCAAGAUUACAUGAAGCAAAUAAACGUGAUUACAGCAAUAAA